GCAUUGUGGGAGAAGAUGGCGGCCGCCGUCCGCUCCCGGGUUGUCCGAGCGCUGCCAAUGUCACGUCCUGCCAUCGCUGCAGCUGCUACGUCUGUGUUUCGUGGCCCAUCCCAUCGCCAGCUUCAUCAUGCUCUCAUACCUCAUGGGCAAGGUGGCCGCUCAUCUGUCAGUGGAGUUGUGGCUACUGUGUUUGGAGCCACAGGAUUCCUGGGUCGAUAUGUUGUCAACAGCCUUGGACGAAUGGGGUCACAAGUGAUCAUACCCUAUCGGUGUGACAUAUAUGACACCAUGCACCUUCGCCCCAUGGGUGACCUGGGCCAGCUUAUCUUUCUGGAAUGGGACGCAAGAGACAAAGAUUCUAUCCGGAGAGCGGUGCAGCACAGCAAUGUGGUCAUCAAUCUCAUUGGGCGGGACUGGGAAACCAGAAACUUUGAUUUUGAAGACGUUUUUGUGAAGAUUCCUCAAACAAUAGCUCAGGUGUCCAAGGAAGCUGGGGUUGAGAGAUUCAUUCAUGUUUCACACCUGAAUGCCAGCAUGAAGAGUUCUUCUAGGUACCUGAGGAGCAAGGCAGUGGGAGAGAAGGAAGUGAGAAGUGCAUUUCCUGAAGCCACCAUCAUACGGCCGUCUGACAUCUUUGGAAGGGAGGACAGGUUCCUCAAUCACUUUGCAAAUAUUCGUUGGUUUGGCGGCGUGCCUCUUAUUUCUUUGGGUUUUAAGACAGUGAAACAACCAGUAUAUGUUUCAGAUGUUUCCAAAGGGAUUGUUAAUGUGGUUAAAGAUCCAGAUGCCAGAGGAAAAACCUUUGCCUUUGCCGGACCAAAUCGGUACCUGCUCUUUCACCUGGUGCAGUACAUCUAUGGCAUGGCCCACAGGACCUUCCUCCCCUACCCCUUGCCACGAUUUGCUUACAGGUGGGUUGCCAGAUUCUUUGAAAUGAGCCCAUUUGAGCCCUGGACAACGAGGGACAAAGUAGAGCGGAUACAUAUCUCAGAUGUGUUAACACCUGACCUGCCUGGCCUGGAAGAUCUUGGCAUUCAGGCCACCCCACUGGAACUCAAGGCCAUUGAGGUGCUGCGGCGUCAUCGCACUUACCGCUGGCUGUCUGCCGAGAUCGAGGAGACAAAGCCUGCCAAGACAGUCGACUAUUAGUCCGUCCAGGCCACCUGUGUUCCUUAGAACCCAUUACAUAGUAAAUGAGGUCACUCUAUUAAAUGUCUGAGGGUUCAGUCUGCCUCAUGUUUCCUUCUUGAUUACUCAGAGGAGAGCUCUCAGCCAUUCAGAACUGAGCCUAGUUUUCUUCAAAUAACUAUGUAUAAUAUUGACACAUAUGACUAUUCUCUGGGAUGUUGGAGGGCUGGAAUUCUUAGACCAAGGCCCUAUCUUCAAAGUCAAAAUAUUGUUAUGAUCUCAGGGAAUACAUGGUUAUGUAGACGUAUUUGGUAUAAAUGAGCACAUAUACACUUAAAACUGAUCUAAAUUUGUUGGGCUGUUAUUCUGACAUUGUGGAACGAACAUUGUGUCAUCUAAUGGUAGGAAGAGGCAGAGGGGGCAUGGAGUUCAGCCUUUUUUAUUUUUAGAUGCAGUUCCCAGAGCCACUGAGCCACACCCUUUUUUCCCUCAAUGUCUUUAGUGACAAUAGUGAUCCCUCAUGAUGUCAGAGCUCUUCAAAUCUAGUCACCCAAACCAAGUCCCGGGGUUCUGCUGCCCUGGGACUAAGUUUUGUUUGAACUUCAGUGGGAUACACACUUUUCAAACCACAUCAAUUAAGGAAACAGUUUUACCAUCCCAAGCUCACUGGGGUUCUCUCUUGAGUGUAGAUUGCACAUACAGGAGCUGUGAAUGGCUUAAGAUCUGAGACACAUAUUUAGGUAGAUUCUUUUUGUGGGGAAGGGACUGGAGUCUCUGUAGAUAGGGAUUCUUCCUGUGGGGACUUCAAGUGUGCCUUCAUGGAGGUGAACUUACAAAGCUUAUCGUCUCUGACUUCAAGUUACUCAUUACCUGAUCCUCAUAGCUGACUUGAGCCUGCAGAACUCUCAGUUCCCAUUAUCACUUCGGUUUCAUUAAUCAUUGAUAUUAUCAUGCAACCUGUGCAAUUCAUCAAUCUACCCCUGCGGUGACUGAAGUCAUGCUCAUUCAGAGCCGUCUCAGGUGUCCUUCAACCUUGCUAUCCCCCAUACUGUGUCCUACUAGUAAACAAGUUCUGUCAUGCCCCAAAGAUCUCAGAGGGUAUAAGGAAGAGGUCAUCUCUGGACAGAUCAGGAAAGAAUCUAUAGAAAAUGAAUUUUUAGCUCCAAAGCUAUAGAGAAACCCGGUCUCAAGAAAUAAAA